GAGCUGAGAAACACAGAAAAUCAUUAAAAAAAAAUCAUAUAAAAGUGAUAAAGUCGGUGCUGCUGCGGGAUACUGAGCUUUUAUUUAGACUGAACCUGAGCGAAGUGAGCGACUCGGUGAGUAACUGCUGUGAAGGAUCGAGGUAGACGUCUGCGAACCCAGCAAGAAUCCCACAGUACACAGUAAGAAACCCGGCGAGGAACCCGACGAGAAAUACGCUGCGAGGAAUCCUGCGAGGAACCCGGCAGGAAAUCUAUCAGGUAUCUCAGCGUGAAGCUUGUGAGUGUGAGAUGGAGGACGCGUACACAGCUCUGUACCAGGAGUUCCUGCGUCUGCAGUUUCUGUGCCUGAAACAGGCUGCCAUGUUACAGCAUCUCACCGAGGCUCUGAGACGACAGCAAGGUGUAGCUCCGGUCCCUAACGGAGAACUUCACGACUUGGUUUCCAAACCGUUCCAGUGCGGACCGGAGGGAUUAGGAACCCUGUUGCACCCUGAACUCGGAACACAAGUGGCUCAGACACACGCCCCUCCGCCACACCUCACAGGUUCGGGUGCUUUCGGAACUUCUCCAGUAGUCGGAGGGAUGAAGCGGCUCCAGCUCGACCCGGCGCAGGACGAGUCGGAACAGAUCGGCCCGGUCGAAGCAGCGGCGGCAGAAUCUCCGGGACAGAACCGGACGGAGGAGUCCAGUAUUUUGGAGGAGUUACGGCAGGCUGAACAGCACUGGCACGGCAACCAACCGCAAACGAUGCCACACUCCCGGAGGCCGUGGUCGUCGUCCUUCCUGAACAGCGAGAUGCUGAGCGAGGCCGGCGGGAUGCUAAUGUCCCGGAUCACGCUGCAGUCUCAGGUCUGUGAAUUCUGCCACGCUGUGUUCCCUGGGCACACCACCACCCGAGGAGAAUUCCUACGUCAUCUCAACACCCACAUCUCCUGAGAUAUAACCGGAGCUCGUUGUUUACACCUUGUACAUGUGUUUGUAGUUGCAGUCGAGACUGUCGAGCUUCUGCUGGUUCAUGCUAACUAGUUUUAACUGAUAACUAAUCAUCACUAAUCUGAGAGUAAUCACUAGUUGAGAAGCUUAAAGUCACUGGGCUUAUAGUAAAAGUUCAGCAGGCCAGGCCGGACACUUCUGGGUAGAUUUCUCAUGGGUGUAAGUUUUCUUUAUUUAGAGGUGGUGGCUCUCCCUGUGGUUCGGUGGAGUCCUAGAGCUUAAUAAAGCUUGGUUGUUCCACCUUAUCAACAGCAGUGUUGUUAGAAUUUUUAAGUUAAGCUACCCUGUUAGCACUGGUCACAGGUGUAAAGAUAGAGAAAGUACAGUUUUAACACAUUUUUAUUUAUAUUAUUGGUUAGUGCGCUAUUCUCCUCCCUGUAUUGACACUGAGGUGGUUGAAAAUCCCAACAACACUGCUGCACCUGAUACCAUGUGUCAUUACAGUGCUCGGAAUGAUCCACCAAGUGUUCAUUUAGGGCUGUGUCCAGGCCAGUGGAGUUUCUUCACACCAGAGAGAGAGAGAGAGAGAGAGAACACUAGAACUUGUAGAGAAACCGACAAUGACGCCGAUUAUUUUUCACACCCCUGUAAUAAACAAUACCCAGUGAUAAACAAUAAAAUACCAUUUAUUGAGAAUAUUAAAAAAUAAAUUAUCUGA